CUGUUGUUCCAGACACGCUUUGAUGAUCUUCUUCUUCUUCUAUUCUCUGGUCUAAAAGCACCUCGACAGUCUGUUCGACUCUUUGUCUCUCUCUGACGCUCUCUCCUCCUUUUCAUCAGAGAAGAGAGCAUUUCCGGGAGACAAAGAGGAAGAGAGAUCCUUUUGAUCUAACAGAGAAAAUUCUCUUCCGAGAAGGAAGGAUGCAAACCAUCUCGAAAGCUUCGUCUGCUGUCUCCUCCUUUCGAUGUUCUUCGAAGCCAACAAGUCAGCCAUGUGUGAGACAGCUUCACCUCCGAAAGGGUCUUGUCUGCAGAGUCAUGAAGCUCGUCUCUUCACCCCUUAGGACUCUGCGCGGUGCUAGUAAAUCUAUUCGUGUCUCCAAUUUCUGCAGUGUCUCCAACCUCUCCUCAUUACAAAUCGAACUGGUGCCUUGUCUUAAGGACAACUAUGCUUACAUUUUACAUGACGAGGAUACUGGUACAGUUGGUGUGGUUGACCCUUCUGAAGCUGAACCUGUGAUAGACUCGUUACAGAGAAGUGGUCGUAACCUAACAUACAUAUUGAAUACACAUCAUCAUCAUGAUCAUACUGGUGGUAACCUGGAAUUGAAAGACAGGUACGGUGCAAAGGUGAUUGGCUCAGCUGUAGACAGAGACCGCAUUCCUGGAAUCGAUAUAGCAUUGAAGGAUGGUGACAAAUGGAUGUUUGCUGGUCAUGAAGUCCAUGUUAUGGAUACUCCUGGUCACACAAAAGACCAUAUCAGUUUAUACUUUCCAGGAUCACGAGCUAUCUUCACUGGGGACACCUUGUUUAGCUUAUCAUGUGGUAAACUCUUUGAAGGUACACCUAAGCAGAUGCUUGCUUCUCUCCAAAGGAUCAUAUCUUUACCAGAUGACACGAGCAUAUACUGUGGUCGUGAAUAUACACUGAGUAAUUCGAAGUUUGCCUUGUCCCUGGAGCCAAACAACGAAGUCCUCCAGUCUUAUGCAGCUCAUGUUUCAGAACUCCGCCAAAAGAAACUACCCACGAUUCCGACAACAGUGAAGAUGGAGAAAGCUUGUAACCCGUUCCUCCGAAGUUCGAAUACCGAUAUUCGUCGGGCGUUAGGCAUUUCAGAGACUGCAGAUGAUGCAGAAGCUUUAGGGAUUAUCCGAGAAGCUAAGGAUAAUUUCAAAGCUUAGGCUUCUCGCCCAUAUAAAUAAGGAGGUCAAAAAUACAAAUUAUGCAGAUCAUGGAGAAAAAAGAUUAUAAGAAGUUUUCAGCAUCGUACAAAGGCGUAUCAUCGAACAUAGAUCUCAUUGGGCGGCUCGGAGCGAAAUGCAUCGAGUACUAUAUAUAAAUGAAACGAGGUCCAAACACUGCAUAAAAGCCAACAAACUCCGGAAACCAAUAAUAUUCCCUGUGGAAAAGUAUGCAUCU